AUGGUUGACAAUGUCUUUUCCCUCCACCAGAUAACAGGGGAAGAUGAAGUGCUUUUCCCCUUCAACAUCAAAGACUAUCAACGCUACGUUUUCGGGGAUGACAGGCUAGCGCACCGUUUCGGCACGGAAUGCGCUAAGGCCUUCAUUGCCCAUGGCUCUGGGACUAGGGCUGCGCAACACACGACGACAACACCAACAAGCAAUCAGAGCGCAGCAGACGAUGUUGCAGUUGCCGCUCUAUCCGGUUACAUCCCUACAGCCACCCACAGCUUGCGAAACCAUUUCGUCGCUUAUCUCAAUCGACACUUAGUUUCGACCAAUGCGAACCCCGCCAUCAAGAUCGACAUCAACACAGUAGAGGAAACCUCACCCGGGCGGAACGGUCCGCCAACAGGGACAGAGAUCUAUCGAAUCGACCGUGAACGUGUGGGCCGCAGGGCCAUCAUCGUUUUGAGCGACAUCCGCCUAAGCCAGGGUCGAGAACACCAAAUUCAAACAUCCCUUCGCUCCGCACACAUCGACAAUCCGAUCACCUUUGCCUACCUCGCCUCAAUUCUUGACCCCCCAAGAUCGGCAUCUCUGUCACCAAUUCUAGGGUUCAUUGUCAGCCCAUCCAUCAAAGAGGUUGAAGAUAUUGUGCUCGCGCCCAGCUUCGUCAUGAAUGCGUGUUUCGUGCAGUACGUCCUUGGUAUGGACGAUGAAGAGUUCUGCCGCUUCCUCAGACGACAAUAUGAUAGCUUCGCAAGACUGCUGCUUGACUACGCUAUCAGAGGAAGGUACUACAGUAAUGACCUGUACCAAGCAAACGUCAAGUUUCUGCAAUGGGAAGUCGGGACAAGAGAAGGCUUAUGA